UAUAGUAAUUUGAGCAAAUUAAUUGUUGAACAGAUUGAACAAAUCAACUAAUUAUGUUAAUAAUUUGUAAUUAGUAACAGUAAAGGAAAGACUUGAAAAACUAACGAGGCAGGCUGGAGCUCUCAGGCAUUGGUCUGUAGUACGUUACUGUUCUAGCGUUCUGGAGAAAAUGGUCGAUAGCAUCAGUCCUUACAUUACGUCAACCCUAGUCAGCGGCAAACAGAUUACAGUUGGUAUUUUCGGUCACGAAGAAGUGGUCAUCGAUCAUCCUCUAACUCCCAAAGAAGUAAAAGGCAUUAUAUAUGGUCAGUGUCAGCAUCAUGAUAUUUAUCAAGCAGUUCUUCAACAAGAAAUUAUUCUCUAUAUCGGAAGACUCAUUUCUACGUCACCGCAUCUGUUUCAUGGCAUUUUGAAACUCAGAGUGGGCUGGAUUAUUCAAGCCAUGAUUCUUUAUUUGAAAUUCCUGAAUGAGAAUCCUCCAGCGUUACACAGUCUUUCUCCUAGCGAUUUACGAAAAGUCCUUUUUAAAGUGCUUGAAACGUCAGAUAAUGUUGCAUCUAAUAAGUAAGUUACUGUUGAUUAUCCAAAAUUCAUACACUAAACUAUUGAUUAAAGAUGAAACUAUUCCCAAUAUUUAAAUAAUAAUAAUAAUGUAUUACUAACCUAACCUAAAAGUUAGUUUAAAUUUGAUGUUUUUGAGAUUGAAGUGUUUUUUAUCCAUCUUUUUCUUCUAUGUGGUCACUAAGAGGGUCAAUACUUCAAACAUUUUUACACUGGACUUGCUGUAUAACACAUCUUUAAAAUCUUCUGGGUGCCUGGUGACAAAAUUCACGGGUAAACAAACAUUUUCAGUCUCCCAAGCUCUGCUUGGAAAG